UCUUUGGAAUUACAAAAUGGAGGCUAAUGAAUAAUUUCUCGGGAAGUUGCGAAUAAAAAAUAAAGAAAAUUGACCCGAAUAAAGCAUAUAAACAGAUAAUAAGUGAGCGAUAAACAAUGACCUCGCUACAUUUUGUUGUUCAUCCGCUUCCAGGCACUGACGAACAACUAAAUGAUAGAUUAAGAGAAGUUGCAGAAAAGAUCAGUCGUCAUGGAUACACAGCUGCAGGAGCACUCUCCUCUUUGAGAAACAUUACUGUAAACCAGUGUGUAAUAGGCCCACAGUACAUUGCCUUCUUACUUGAGGAUGGUAGAGUAUGCAGGGUGCCAUUUUCCAUUCUUAAUGAGAGACUUGAUUUGAACAAAAAUGAAAACACAAAGCCACCUACUAAAGCAGUGAAGACAGAGCGAGCUGGAGGCUCGAGAUCAACAACCCAUGUUGUCGACAGUCCACUUGUACUCGUCUCUGAUGUCAUGGGUGGAACUGCCGAACAACCUACUGCGCGUUGGAGCACUGUUGUUUCUGGAUCUACAGCAACAGCAUCUACAAGAAACAACAACACUACACAGGGGUACAGAACCAUGCAGAGAACCGUACAUGUGAACAGGGGGCGAAGAUCAGGAGUCAUUGUAGGGACACGACCUCUGGUUCCUGCUUCUGUCGUACCAGAAGAACUAAUCAACCAGUGCCAGGUUGUGUUACAAGGAAAGUCAAGAAAUCUCAUCAUCAGGGAGCUGCAGAGAACAAAUUUAGAUGUGAACCUUGCCGUCAAUAACUUAUUAAGUCGUGAUGACGAAGGAGAAGGUGACGAUGAUGACAGUCAGGAUUCAUAUGUUCCUGAUGACCUAAUCUCGCUUCUUGAUAGUGGCAUGCACCCAGACCACCCUAGCGUCAUUAUUGAUGGGGAUGCCAUGUUUAGCGAGGACAUGUUUGGCUACUCCUCAAUUAGAAGUCGAGGUUCUGGAGCAAGAUCAAGAUUAGGUGAAAGGACAGACAGAGAUGCCGAUCGUGAUAGGGAACGCGAGUCUAUAUUUAGAAUCAGAGAUAGGCGGAGAUUAGACACAACAUUGCGAGAUGAAGCAUUGAAGUCCCUGGAGCGGGACAAAGUGGAGGGAUUUACAGCCGAUAUCACAAAGAAGUUGGCCAAUCCAAAUGCCAGUCCAGUACAUCUUGGUGAAGACCUGCAGUAUUGGGUGGAAAAGGAUGGAAACUGUCCAAGGUUUUCACAUAUUGCUGCCAUGCAUUCAGAGCUGGUUGCCGUUGGAACCAAUGGUCAGCUAUACAGUUGGAAAUGGCAUGACUUUGAACCAUAUAGACAUCCAGAGAACCCAAACAUACAUCAUCCUAAGACAAUUGCCCUCGGUCUUCAGCAUGAGAAAAUCCAGGGUAUAUCUGCCUGUAGUGUUCGUGCGUCCGUCAGCACAGAAUCAGACAAGGUGGCCACGUGGGUUGACGACACAUUGAACAUGGUAGCAUCCAAGUUGGAGCACAGUGCACAGACGUUUCAGGAGUUUCUAACAGACAAGAUUGCCAGCCUUCAUACGUGUUCUCUCUAUACCUGCGCUCGACUAGAGAGUGGCGCUUUAUACUGGUGGGGUGCCAUGCCAUUUGCGCAGAGAAAGAAACUUUUAGAAAGGAAUAGAUCAAAGAAAAAGAAGAACAAGAACUCAUCAUCUCAGAGUGACAUAAACACAGGAUCAUUGGUUUGUUUACGGAACUCGCCAAUGUUUCAUGCUGGAGCUGUAGCAUUUACGACAGUGGAUGGUACGCCAAAAGUAGGGCAGCUACUGGAGUCGGCAUGGUCCCUCAAUGAUACAUGCAGAUUCAAGAUAAAACCAGUCCAUGUACCAGAAAGCAGACCUGAACGUGACUCAUCCAGUGACUCGAAGCCAGACAUGCCACCUCCACCAUCUCCUGCAUCAUCUACAUGCAGUGAUCACAGUGGACCUGUACUUGUAUCAUCUAGAAAGAGAAAAAAGGCACCUACCCCCAGCAAGGAAAUAGAAAAACAAAGAGAUGAAGAAAGUUGGCCUUUGAAAGAUGUUAUAUUUGUAGAAGAUAUAAAAACCGUUCCAGUUGGCAAAGUGUUAAAGGUUGAUGGUGCCUAUGCGGCAGUGAAAUUUCCUACAACUAAAGAUGGCAGUUCACAAGAGCUGGGAACCACUACCUCAAAGGAGGACCCAUCUAGUCUGCUGCAAGAUUGUCGUCUGCUUCGAAAAGAUGAACUCUCCGUUGUGAAGAGUAUGAGUGCACCAAGGUUACCAGACUGCUUCCAGAAGGUUCCCAAGAAAGUCACAAUUGUAGAGAAUGGACAGAUACUGGCUGUAGCAGUAGACUGUGAAGGAAUCCAUGUCAUAGCAAGAUCAGGUGUGCGUCUGAACUACAUUGUGUAUAAUCUUAGUUCAGGGAAGAUAGAGCGAGAUUCACCGUUCCCGACAGAGGCUCAGGCUUUCAUGGGCAGUCACAGAAGUGAGAUAACACUACAUAAUACUGGAGAGGAAUCAUUUGUGCAGUUACGGGAUGGCAAUGGUGCUCUGUACCCAUUUGCUAAGGAUUGCUCAGAAGGAAUCAAGGACCCUAUGUGGUUGGACCUGCCCCCUGUCAGGUGUUUAGGGAUUAGGACUCAUUACCUGAGAGAUGUGGUCACCUCUGCACAGAAAAACAGGGCUAUGGUGUUAGUUCUUGCAAUAGAACACCAGACGUUGAUCCCACAUAUACUGAGAUGUGAUGUAGACAAAGUGAAAACUGUCCUUGCUGCGUUGGAACUGGAUUCAAGUAACCAGAAAGUGGUACAAGAGCUGCUACAAGAACAUUGUGAUGGUAACAGGAAUAUCUUGCAUACGUGUGUAGCCAUGUCAGUGCCUACAUCUAACAAGGAAAAUGAGAGAACUGAUCCUCCAGUAGGUCCAAGCAGUACAACAGCUGUGACGAGUACAUCAAGUGGUUACACGUCCACACUAGAGGUGAUGAAUGCAGUUACAAGUGCUGUAGAUGCAUUAACUGCUAUACAGUCAUCCAGAGGAGGUCCUAGCACGGGACCCAGUGCUGACACUUCAGGCAGAGGUGUUAGUCUAAGAGAAAUGAUGAGACGAGCUUCAUCUGCUGCACGUGCUGUCAGUGGUCUGGAUGUACGUGAGCCUGAGGAAGGUAUGGCAAUACCCACACUGAGCUGGCCACCAGAUCCUCCCAGUUACGAGUCUGUUAUUCGUCAAGAUCUAGAUAAGCCCAGCCUCAGUGGUCAGUCCUCGAGCGGUCAGUCAACCUCUAUUCCUCUUCCUGCAGAGUUCAGUACCAUCAACAUACCUGCCGUUAAAUUGGACGAGAAAGAGAGACCAAAUGCUGCGCUACAGAUACUCAAGUGUUUAUGCGAGUCAAAUGUCCUGAAACCGCAUUUGAGAGAUCUUUUAGCGGCAAAGAAUGCAGAAGGCUGUACACCUUUCAUGCAGGCGGUCAAGGGUCGAGCAUACAUGGCAGCAAUGACAUUGCUGGACACUGUCAAGCGUGCCGGCACGUCUAAAGACAGCACAGAGGUGGAUAAAGCCACUAUGAUGAGCAUGUUAUACCCCACUGGUUCCAGUCUGGAUAACUCUCCACUUCAUGUUCUCUGCUGUAAUGAUACAUGUAGUUUUACCUGGACAGGGGCAGAGCAUAUAAAUCAGGAUAUAUUUGAGUGUCGUACAUGUGGACUGCUGGGCUCGCUGUGUUGCUGCACAGAAUGUGCACGGGUCUGUCACAAAGGACAUGAUUGCAAACUGAAGCGUACAUCUCCGACUGCGUAUUGUGACUGUUGGGAGAAAUGCAAAUGUAAAGCUCUGAUUGCUGGACAACAGGGACCCAGACUUGAUCUUCUCAACAGACUUCUCAUAGAAACAGAUCUGGUUACUCUUGCAAACAGCAGGGGAGAGAACAUUUUGCUGUUCCUGGUUCAGACAGUUGGACGUCAGUUAGUAGAACAGCGUCAGUACAGACCGAACAGAUCCAGGGUCACAUCUGCUGUGCCGAGGAAAGCUCCAAAUAAUGAUCUAGAUGUAGAAAUGCCUGAACAUGACCUGGAGCCACCGAGGUUCAGUCGUAGAGCUCUAGAGAGGAUCCUCAAUGACUGGACGGCAGUUAAGGCAAUGUUACUGAGUGGCAUGCGCAACAAGAGAGGCACCAACCCAGAUGUCGUGUACGAGGAACAGCUUUACCUAGAAAGCCAGAGUGGAACAGCCAGACUGGACAAGUUUACUCACUGCCUGCUUGUGAAAUGUAGUGUUGAGAUGCUGGACACAUUGUUAACCACACUGAUCAGAGAAAUGAGAAAUGAAACCACUGAAGGCAGGAAAGCUGAGGCUAAGAUGGUAGCUCGGAGAUUUAUCCGCUCAGUUGCCAGAAUAUUUGUAGUUCUCAAUGUUGAGAUGACCCCUAACUCUGGCAAAAAGAAAAGUCCGGGUAUACCAUCAUGUCAACCAUUGGUAAAGUGUAAAAGAGCUUUCCAAGCCCUGAUCAACAUUGCAGUGGAGGAGCUAUGUGAGAUAGCAAACUCCCUGAUAGCUCCUGUACGGCUAGGAGCAGCUAGGCCCACAGCUCCAUUUUCUCUGGUUGCUGCUAAUGUGGAAGCUGUCCAGGGAAGUGAGGAAAUAUUUAGUGUAGAUCCACUGCCACCUAAAACAUCCUCAGUGGACGAGUCUGCUCACUCUGUGUCGUACGUGACACACAGCGUACCAGAUCGAGACUUGCCUAGUGAUAGGGAGAACGUAGACCAGGGAGACAGAGAUGAGGAAGAAAUGAUGCCAGUUGACAUUGAGGAAGAUAUUGAGGUAGUAGGUGGUAUUCUGAUGGGUAACGAAGAUGGUCACCAGUCAGAUAAUGAUGACAGACAAUCAGAACACUCUGAGCAUGAACAGCAGCCCCCGGAACAGGACGAUGUUGCUGAGAGCGACAUGGAUCUGGACCUGUUAGCCGAGUCUGAGAGUGAUAGUGAGAGCAUGCAUAGUAACCAGGACAAUGUUAGUGUACAGAGAAGUGCUGUUACCAUGGCAACUGCAGGAUCAGAUGCUGGUAUGGGAAGUUUGGCUCACUUCUCGGACUCUGGUGAAUCGUCCAAUCAGGAAGAAGAGUACGAGAGCGAGGGUGGUGACAGUGAGGAACAUGAAGGGGAAGAUCUUGGCACACUGGAUGAACAGCUUGAACGUAGAAAUAAUGCUACAUCAAGCCAAGGCCAGAGAACAUUGCAAGCCCCUCAGACAAUGCAGUGGGCAAUCAGACAGAGAGAGCCCCAGAGUACACGGGCCCCACCCACAGUGGCUACAACUACAGCCACCACUGCAGGAGGUGGGAGUAGCUUAAUAUACAUAGAUCCCUCAAAUCUCCGCCGCACAACAGUGACAACAACUGCGGCUGUGACACCAGAGGCUCCCAUAACCAUGGCUACCACAUGCAGUCAGCUGGCAAGGUCAUUUGGUAUUGUGGUACGUCAGAUAGCGGACCUGUUAACCAUGCUGCAGGACUACCAUGCUCUCGCCCCAACGUUACCACGGAUACUAGAUAUAUCUGACCAGGAGGCCCUAGAACUCCAGCUGUAUUUAGAGUACCAGUUAAAGCCAACAUGGGACUGGUUGAUCACAAUAUUGGACUCUACAGAAGCCCAGUUGAGAUUCGGGUCUGCCCUGAGCAAUACAUCUGACCCAGCAAACCCCAGUCAUCCCCUGUGCCAUGCUAGGACAGCUCGAGAACGAACCCGGAGAGAGGAGACACCAAUUUUACAAGUCGUUGAUACAAGACGUCGACAAAGAUUUGGUGCUCUUGGAGGUACAUCAGACCAUGGUAGUAAUGCUAGGAGAGAUUUCCUGAACUACGCACUGUCAUUGAUGAGGUCUCACAACAAUGAGCACUCUGACUCGCUUCCAGUGAUAGAUAUAGCCUCGUUACGACAUGUUGCUUACGUCUUCGAUGCCCUGAUUUACUACAUGAGGAGUGGGACUGAUACAGAUACAGAUGUUCUACGAGACGGAAUAUCUGUGAUAUCAUGGCAGGAGCAUGAUGAAAACGAGAAUGAUGACCAUGAUGAUGAUUUAAACAAUGCAAUGUCAAUGGACACAGAAAGUAUAGAUGGCGACGGUGAAAUGUCGGGAAAGCAAGGACGCAAACAUUCAUUUUUUCAAAGAUCUGACUCAACUCUAUUUUUGGGUUGUCCGCCACCUGAUCCCUUUCAGACACCGCUUGUUCAAGCUUUGCCACUGGCUGAUCAGCCACAUCUGUUGCAGCCAAAUGCAAGGCGGGAAGAUCUAUUUGGUGUAGCAAAACAGACUGUCGUUCCUAAUUCUACAGUUGAUGACAAGAAUAUACCUGGUAGUGAAAGUGUGCUUGAUAAACUACCACUGCAUUUAUCUUUAUCUGUUAGAGUGCCAGAAUCCCAAUCUGGAGUGUCUGGUAAAAUUCAGACUGAUUCACAAUCGAGUGUUCCUGGUGGAAAUAAUGAUAACCAGUCUAAUACAGGUGCUAGUGUUAUUGUACGAUCAGCAACAUAUCAACCAGCACCAGUCUGGGAUUCCGGUGAUCCCUCAAUAUCUUCUCCUUUUUUCUCGUCAGCAUAUGAUGCAAAUGUUCCAACUACAAGAGCGUCAACACAGGGCGAGGCAAGUACAAUACAGACCACAGUGCAAUCUAGUACUCCAACUGUACGGAGUAUUUAUCCAGUGGUUAAUGUCUCCUUGACACCACAGGUAACCACAGAAAGGGCAGAAGUUCAUCAGCCAAGUGUCAUAGUUCAUUCAAGUACAGCCAUGUCGGCUAAUGUAUCAGUUGCAAAUAUGUCGUCUGCCAGCAUGGGAGGCAAUCUGUUGUCGGCAAGUUCACCGAUAUUCAAUAUCAGUGAUCCCAUGCCUAGUGAUUUAAGAACUACUGCUGUGAAUAUACCUUUGACUUCAGAAUCUGUUAUUACAUCAGCGCCAUCCCCAUCAAGGGCUCCGUCCUCUACCCCAGUAAUUAUACAACAGUCGGGAAGCGUGCAAGGGUUACCAGGUCACUCUGAAUCUCCUGUUUCCAUGGUGAUGGCACCAGUUACCUCAGAUGUGAACCAGUCACAGAACACAGCAGUCAUCGCCAGUCAGUCACCUUCAAGAAGCCAAACUGCAACAGCUUCACUGGAGAGAGAUUUAGAGGUUUCUAGUCAAGAGACAAGUUUAGAUCUCAGUACCAAUCAAGCAAGGUCGGCUACUGUAACAAGUGAUUCUAGUGCUGCUGACAGUUCUCAAAGUACACAACCUGUUGCAAUGGACAUGUCAGUUUCCAUGGAAAUGACCACAGGGGGGUCGCUAUCGUACCAAGAUAGUGCAGGAAGCAGUGGUAUAGCAGUGAGCAGUAAUGUGACAGAUACCGUGGCAACAGCCUCUGAUAGGUCAGUUCCGCUGCAGUCACAGCUCUCUGGUAGCAGUGGGGUUACCGAGUAUAGUGUAACUGGGGAGAGUCCAGUUCGACCUGGUGCCAGGUCUGAUUCUCUACAAGGCAGCUCACUGGGAGGGAGUCAGGGAGCAAUGUCGGUUGCACCAAGUUUCCCAGACUCUUCACCAAUAACUCCACCAAGCCAUGGUAUUGCAGGUUCAAGUCUUUCUCAGACUGACUCUUCAUACCCAGAAAAUACAAGCAACUCAGAAAUCGGAAGUUUGGAUCUUUCUCGUGUAGAGGGUAGAAGUCUGGACCUGAGUUCAGGCAGAUCUAGUGAUACUGGUUCCAGCCAGGUUGCAGGUUCAAGCCGGACUCAAGACAUGCCAUUAAGUAUGGAUACAGAUGGUUCCCUGGAUUUAAGCAAGUCAGCAGCAGCUUUAACCACGCUACAACCAGUACCAGCUCGACCAACAGCUACACCAAACAACAGCUCUGUGGAUACACCGAUGGACAUGGUUGGAGCCAAUGAGAAUGUCUCGAAUACUGUUGACAUAGAAACCUCCCAGGGUUCACAGGCUGCAUCCAGACAACCUCCAACCAGAUCUCAGAUGAUAUCCCAUGAUGCACUGCUAGGAAGAUGGCGGUUAGCAUUGGAUCUGUUUGGACGUGUCUUUUGUGACGACGUAGGGGCCGAGCAGGGCUCAGUGAUAAGCGAGCUUGGUGGAUUUCCAGUGAAGGAGAGUAAGUUCCGACGAGAGAUGGAGAAAAUACGCAACUCACAGCAGAGAGAUCUUAGUCUUGAGGUUGUGAGAUCUAGAAACCAGCUAAUUACUCAGUCUUUCAAACAGUUAAAUACAUACUUUAACCGCCGUACUAAUACAAGCGGACCGCCACUUGCUGUGCAUAGGGUCAAGGUCACAUUUACUGAUGAGCCGGGAGAGGGAAGCGGAGUGGCCCGGAGUUUCUAUACUGCCUUAGCUAAUGCGGUGCUGUCACAAGAAAAGUUACCUCCCCUUGAGAGUAUAAUGGUUGGCAGCAAAAGUUUACAAUACAAUCUAAUCCAGAGAUUGAGAACGAGGGAGAGAGAACGUGAGCGUGAGCGAGAGAGACAACGCACGUCUUCAUCCCAGAGACGCAGUAGUAGAGAACGUGACUCCAGACGCACUCUUUCAUACGAUGCACCACCAUUUUACAUGCCAUCUGAUGCAAAUCCAAACCCUUCCAGCAAUCCGGAGCCCCCACCAGAGGGCAGCAGUGAUACAAUGACACAAUAUAGGCGGCAGCUCGGCGAGAGGUUAUUCCCCAGAGUCAGAGCACUCCAGCCGGCAUUGGCUCCAAAGAUAACUGGAAUGUUAUUAGAGUUGUCCCCAGCUCAGUUGUUAGUGAUGUUAACAUCGGAGGAAACACUGAGACAACGUGUAGAUGAAGCUGUAGACAUCUGCAUGUCUCAUAAUACCAGAGAGCAAAGAGAACUGAAUGCAGAAGCAUUGUUAGAUCUCGACAUUUUCAACCUGUCUUCAACCGGAACCAAUUCUGGAAAGAAAAAGAAACCAGCGUCACAGACUGACAGACGUAGUGACAUUGAAGACGAUGAUGAUCUUGAAGAUAAUGCUCCGUUAUUCUGGCAGCCAGGAAAACGAGGAUAUUACACUUUACGUCCCGGGAAGGGGUCUCCGGAAAGAUUAAAUGCAUUUAGGAAUGUUGGAAGGAUUUUAGGAUUAUGUCUUCUACAAAACGAGAUGUGUCCAUUGUUUCUUAAUCGUCAUGUGCUGAAAUACAUUCUUGGGAGGAAAAUCGGCUGGCAUGAUUUGGCAUUCUUUGAUCCUGUGAUGUAUGAAAGUUUACGGCAACUUGUUCUGGACUCUGAGACGAAAGAUGCUUCCCUUAUGUUCCAGGCACUAGACAUGAACUUCUGUGUGGAACUUUGUGCAGAAGAGGGUGGCGAACAGGUAGAGUUAGUACCUGGUGGGACAGAUAUAGAGGUCACAGCUCAGAAUGUGCAUGAUUAUGUACGUAGAUACGCUGAAUAUAGGAUGGUGAAAGUGGCUGAAAAAGCUCUCAAGAGGUUAAGAAUGGGAGUAUUUGAUGUGAUACCAUCCAAUUCAUUAGAAGGCUUGACAUCUGAAGAUCUGAGACUGCUGUUAAAUGGUGUAGGCACCAUCAAUGUACAGACACUCAUCAGCUACACAUCUUUUAAUGAUGAAAGUAGUGAGAGUAAUGAGAAGGUACAGAGAUUCAAGCGCUGGUUCUGGUCUGUGGUGGAAAAAAUGAACAACCAGGAGAGGCAGGACUUGGUAUAUUUCUGGACAUCUAGUCCUGCAUUACCCGCCAGUGAGGAGGGCUUUCAGCCGAUGCCAAGCAUCACAAUACGUCCAGCUGACGAUGAUCAUCUACCGACAGCCAAUACAUGUAUAUCUAGACUGUAUAUCCCAAUUUAUACCACAAAACAAAUACUGAAAACUAAACUACUGUUAGCAAUCAAGACAAAAGCAUUUGGAUUUGUUUAAUGUUGACAAAAGUCUAGUGCUAUUUUAUUUAAUGAAGACUAUUUAAUAAAGACUGUGUUCCAAUACAGAAAUUGAAAGAGAGAUCGAGGGACAGAAAUAGGAAAAAAGUGAUAGUUUCCUAGAGGGCUGCAUUAGGUUUACCAUUCUGUAGUCUUGAAUUGUCAUAAUGCUGCUGUAUAGAACUUAUCAGCGGAUAAUAUUAAAAGGAGAAAAAAAGCAUACAAAUAAUUCAUUUGAGGAAUGAAUAUCAUUUCACAUUAUUCAAAUCAAUAUUUUUGUGGGGUCUUACUCCACCAGCAAAGCUGGAAAGUCGCCAUAUGACCUAAAAUUGUAUUGGUUCGACAAAAGUAUUUUUUUGAAUUGUCAUACAAUUCAGCAAGAGAGUUUGGAUUUACUAUUUAUAUUUUGGAAGUUAUCAUUUGAAUGUGAUACUAAGGUUAACACCUAGCAUAUGAUAAUAGAAUUCCAUAUUUUGUGACAUUUAGGUUAACACCUAGCAUAAUGAUAUGAGAAUUUGUAUUUUGUGACAUUUUGGAUUUACAUCUAGCCUAUUAUACAAAAUUGUUUUUAUGGAAUUUUAGUUAACACCUAGCAUAUGAUAAUAGAAUUCCAUAUUUUGUGACAUUUAGGUUAACACCUAGCAUAAUGAUAUGAGAAUUUGUAUUUUGUGACAUUUUGGAUUUACAUCUAGCCUCUUAUACAAAAUUUUAUGGAAUUUCAGUUAACACCUAGCAUAUGAUAAUAGAAUUCCAUAUUUUUUGACAUUUAGGUUAACACCUAGCAUAAUGAUAUGAGAAUUUGUAUUUUGUGACAUUUUUGAUUUACAUCUAGCCUAUUAUACAAAAUUGUUUUUAUGGAAUUUCAGUUAACACCUAGCAUAUGAUAUGAGUGUUUUGUAUUUUGUGACAUUUAGGUUAACUUCGUGACAUUUAGGUGAACACCUAGCAUAUGAAUUCUGUGUUUUGUAACCUUUAGGUUUUGUGAGGAAAAUGCUUCUUCAAAACAGCUGGUUGUGGUACAGUGAAUAAAUUUACAUAAUAAAAGAACGUGAUUAAUGAAAUUUCAUAGGAGUAGAAAUUUCAGAUUUAUUUUAUGGGAAAUUAUUUCGUAUUCAUAGGGCAGUGUAAAGAAAGGCUGUGUAAACUCUGUAUUUAGAACACAAGAAUAUUUUCAGCUUUCCUGAAGCAGACUGAAAAGUAUUUGAUAGAGCAAACAUUAAGGUUUUAAAAUAUUUUCAUUUAUGCUACAAAGUACAUGUAAAAGUUUUAGCUUAUGUGUUGUUUAUGGUUUUAAGAUGCAUAGAUGGGGGAUCUGGUGCUCUAGUUUUUGUGGGACAUUGAAUGAGGGGCGCCUUAACAGUUUUUAUUAAGUUUUUAGAUAGUGUCAUAAAAUUAUCUUGAAAUGACAAAACUUUCUCCAAGAGGAGAAGUUAAAUAGUUUCCCAGUAAAAGAAUACUGACUAAAAAUUCUUGUUAAAUUUCUUGUCUGCAGGAUUUCUGAAUGAUUGUUUAUUUUGAGACUGCUACAGAAAGUAGUAGUGUUUCUGUUUUUAAUAGACAUGCAUUUAUUCACUUUGUUAAAAUAUGCACAUCUCAUUUUCUCAGAUUUUCAAUUUCAGCAUUCAAAGCUGAAUAAAGCAUGACUUUUGAACUCCUCCUGUUCACAGCUGUAUUAAUUAUGACGCAUAUUCACAGCUGCAUAAGUAAUGAGUUUUGUUCUUCUCAUACCGACAGCUGUAUAAAUUAAGAGUUUAUUUGAGAUUAUCAAAGAAGUACUUUGAUAUCAUAUGACAUUUUCUGAGAAGUUGGUUCACUGUCAUUAUUCAAGGCAACAUUUUUAGGAACAGUUAGGGUAUAUCACCUUUAAGAAACAUGUACAUGAUAAUUUAGAUAUACUUUACAUUACAUCAAACACUCUUCAGUGAUAACUCAAUAUGUUACAUCAAACACUCCAGUGGUAACUCCAUAUGUUACAUCAAACACUCUGCAGUGGUAACUCCAUAUGUUACAUCAAACACUUUCCAGUGAUAAUUUCAUAUGUAUCAUCAAACACUCCAGUGGUAACUCCAUACGUUACAUCAAACACUCCAGUGGUAACUCCAUAUGUUACAUCAAACACUCUCCGGUGAUAACUUCAUAUGUAUCAUCAAACACUCAAGUGAUAACUCCAUAUGUUACAUCAAACACUCUCCAGUGAUAACUCAAUAUGUUAAUCAAACACUCUGCAGUGGUAACUCCAUAUGUUACAUCAAACACUCUCCAGUGAUAACUUCAUAUGUUACGUCAUACACUCUCCAACAUUACAUCAAACACUCCAGUGAUAACUUGAUGAAAAUUGGACCAGUGGAUGAUAAAACAUACAAGUGUCGCAUUGACAUCAACAUGUCUAAUAACAAUAUCUUAAGCUAUUAUGUAAACAUAAUAUAAAUGCAGUGGCUGGCUUUAUAGGCCAAAAUAUUCAACCGGAUGUUUGCACUCAUAAAUAUGAUCCAGUUGCCUAAAUGAAUGAAAAUAAAACAUAUCAUGGGUUUUCAACUGUUGAAAAGAAAAAUUGAUUACCAUGUUCAUGUCUUUAUCAAAUAUUGAAAAUAUCUUGUUUGCAUUAAUGUGCUUUUUUUGUGAAAAACAGUAAAUUGUUAGAAGACAGUAUAUUGUUAAAUACUCCAUAUUGGAGAUACAAAAACGUCUUGCAUGAAAGAUUUUAGGUUAGAAUACAAGUACAAGAACUUUUUACUUGAUUUGUUUGUAAAUGUAAGAAUGUUUGGACAAUUUUCUAUGGAUAUGCUUUUAUCAGUGUGUAUCGUUUAAUCAAAGGGCAUUGAAUCAGAUGAAUGUUUUGUUUUUUGGAUGUAUAAAUGUGGAUGCAGUUUAAGAUAUCAUUGGGGAUUGUUCCAAAACAGACGGGGUCUGUUAGAAUGGUAGUGAUAUUUUGUUGUAAAACUGUGAAGAUAUGAUUUUGUAAAUCUGUAAUUUGUGGUAAAAAUGACAAAAUAAAAACCAGAAUGCA